AUGCUGUCAUGCUUUGGCUGCGGUAAUGACCGUGAAGAGGCAGAGCGUGAGCCUCUUCUGCCGCGUUACAAUGACGACACUAGCUUGCAGACGCGACUGCAUGAGAAGCUCCAUACAUAUCAAAUGCUGCGCGCCAUAUCAAAGGGUUAUAUGCCAAGCAACGAGCAGCUCAUCAUUCACUUGCGAACUCUUCUCUCCGCCCAAAUCUUAAAUCCAGAGCGACAGGAACUGAGCCCUUCAGGUCGAGCUCUCAUCAGAAGCAUCAAGCUGUGGCUCACCCAGUUCAUCCAAGUCCUACAGCACAAAAACAGCAAAGAUCAAAUCCAGGACUUCAUCUGGUACCUCACCAAGGCACGUCUGGAUGUUGAUGUUGCACACAUCGAGCAGAGAGCUGCUAGAGCAAAGGUUCGAGCCGAUGCUGUGGCUACCUACAAGAGCUUACAGACUGUUGGGUCUCUGCUCUUGACUAACUCCGACUUCCGAAUCUUUUUGUCCGACCUCAGCACUGUAGGAAGAGAGGUCCUGCGAGAUACUGCCUUUACCUUGUCCGACGUCUCUAAACAAGCUGGCGAGGCCAUCAAGCCUUCCAAGGAGGAAGAAGAAGCUCUUAAGAAUGCAAACGGCCAUGAAAAGUCCCCUUCGGACCAAGAUCUCAAGAAUGAAGUUGCAGACGUUGGUGAAACUGUCAAGGAUAGUGCCCUUGAGGUAGCCGAUGGGGCAGCACAGAGCAUCAAGGAGCACGUUAAAGGCGAUGAAGGCGAUGCCCUUGUCAAGCGUCUCAAGAACACUGUUUUGAACCUUCGCAAGCGAACAGACUACAAGGAAUCCGUCUCGACGCUGUCGCUCCUCAUUCGACGUUACCUCCUUGCCUACUCGCAUGCAGCCGCUGCGACAGUGGAAGCGGUUGAGGGGGACACCAGACCCAACCCAGAAGCCGACAAGGCAGUCCACAAUUUCUGGUUGUUCGUCACUUCUCUCGGCAAGCGUGAACAUUGGGACAAUGUCCAAAAAUCCUUCGAUGCUGUCAUCGAUGACGGAAAAACUGAUCCCAACUUUGAUGAACUUGUGAAACAAAUUGGAAACAUGGUACAAGAUAUGCUUAGCGAUCCUGAAUUUUUCGACAACAUCGAGGAGAGAUUCCAAACCUUGCGCAAAAAGUCCAACGAAUUGACCGCCAAGUCUUCGAUUAGAGACGACCUUGAUUCUCUAUUGUCCAGCCUAUAUGCAGCUUUUCGAUCAAUCUUGGAUGAUCAGGACAUAAAGCAGCUCCUUCACACAACUGAGAGAGUUGCGCUCCUGCUUUCGCCUGCUGGAGAGUACGCUAACAGCGACCUGGUUACCGACACCAUUAACAUCUUUGUUCCUCUUCUCGUCCAAGCUAUCCAGUAUAUUCCCAUUCCACGUAUCGAGGUGUCUGCUCCUGCAAUCGACCUCCUGCUAGAGAAUCUGAUCCUCGAGCCUGGCCGUACAGUCAAUGCUAGCUCAUUCUUACCCUUCCAACUCAACAUUUCAAGCUACAAUGAGGUUCAGGUGAAGAAGGCGCUUCACGGAACACAAUCCACCAUGACCUCCAUGAUGAAGGUUACCGUGUCUGGCCUUUCUAUCGCUGCUGAUGAUCUGGGCUACUGGUUCCGUCUGCACUCUGGUCUUCUCCGAAUGGUCGACCAAGGCAUUGCUGGAUUCCACCUCGACAAGCGCGGUGUUGAUAUCACUCUCGACCUAGAAAUCGGCAAGGAUCGCUUGGAACAGAUUGUGUCCCUGCGCAACGUCAAGGUCAACAUCCAUCACCUCAACUACACAUUGAGCAAGUCCAAGUUUGCAUGCCUGGCUUGGCUCUUGAAGCCCUUUAUUCGACCCAUCGUCCGCAAAGCUCUUGAGCUCAAAAUUGCUGCGGCUAUCGCUGAAGGCUUGCAUUUCUUGAACAGAGAAAUGCUCUAUGCAAGGGAACGCCUCCGAGCUACCCGCAUUGCAGACCCCAAAGACCUCUGGACCUUCACUCGAGCUAUUGCUGCACGUCUUGUUCCAGCGCCUGAUCCUAACAUUGACGCCCGGGUUGGUGUCCAGGCAGGCCAAGGUGUCUUCCAAGGGCGUUAUGCUCCUGGAAGUCUGGUCAAGCUUUGGGAAGAGGAAGGCAGAGAUGCAGAACAGAAGCUUUUUGAGUACGAGCAAGGAGGAUGGAAGAAUGACAUUUUUGACGUUAGCACAAGACGCGUUUGA